AACUCGGAGGAUGCGGCCAGGUUGGUGUGUUAGUUCUGCCCGAUUAGCCAAAAAGCUCCGCGGUUUGCCGCGGCGUCGGACGCCUAACUGGGCUCCAGCAAGCUCCAGCAAGUCUCCGUUCAUGGAGAAAGAAAUCUGACAUGUUGGUUUGAUUCUCCAUCUUCACCUUCUGUUAAACAUUUCGGCUGAGUUACUGCAGCAGCAGAAACAGCACGAACUGAAGCUUUUUCUCUUCACUGCUGCCUCUGGCACGAGUCCAGCUGUGUGUCAACUUCCCUGUGGGAGAGUGUAAGAGUAUAAAAGCCUACAAGGGGCUUCUGGUGUCCUCAGAUUUCAAGGAUUCAAGAACUGCAAGCCAAUCACAGCACAGCAAAGUCAAAAUUCCAACAUGACUGGUUUGCAUCCCAUCAACGUCUCACUGAACAACAUAUCUCUGGAGGACUAUGAACUGUUUUCAAGUUGCCCGGCGGCUUCUCCAGUCCAGCACCAGAACAUCCUGAUUCCAGCCAUCUACAGCAUCAUUUUUAUCCUGGGUGUUAUUGGGAACGGACUCGUGGUGUUCGUCCUCUGUCAGAGCUCCAGCCGCAAGACGGUGGCCAACACUUACAUCCUCAACCUGGCGCUGUCCGACCUCCUGUUCCUCCUCAGUCUUCCCUUCUGGGCGGUCUACUACUCUUUUGAUUACGACUGGAUCUUCGGGCGGCUCAUGUGUAAGCUGUGUGGGGGUCUGCUUACUCUUAACUUAUACGCUAGCAUCUUCUUCAUCACCUGCAUGAGCAUGGAUCGCUACAUGGCCAUCGUCCACCCGCUGAAGUCUCAGAGAUGCAGGAACCUGUGCAGAGCUCGAGUGGUCAGCUUGCUGGUGUGGCUCGCUGCAGGACUGACCACCAUUCCCACGAUGAUGUUCAGAGAUACUCUUCAUAUCGGGAAUGUGACUGCUUGCGGAAUCCACAUUUACAGCCCCAGCUUAUUUGUAGGAUUGGCGCUGAUGAAGAACACCGUGGGCUUUUUGGUGCCUUUUGCUAUCAUCACUAGCUGUUACUGCAGCAUCGGGAGACAUCUCCUAACGGCCCCCGGCCUGGACAAGAGCACCAGCAACCUGGACAAAGUCCUGAAGAUGGUGGGCGCCGUGGUCCUGGCCUUCUUCUUCUGCUGGUUCCCCUUCCACAUGCUCACCUUCUUGGACGUGCUGGUCAAUCUCGAGGUUCUUGACGCCUGUAAAGUGGGGCAGACCGUCAGCCUCGGGAUACCGUUCACCAUCUGCCUGGGCUUCUCCAACAGCGCCAUCAACCCCUUCCUCUACUGCUUUGUGGGGAACCACUUCCGGGAGCAGUUAGGAGGACUGACCCCAACACGACCCUCCAAUUCAUCCCAAAAGCGAGGCUCCUUCAGCACCAGACUGAGCUCCUUCUCGAGGAAGCUUAGCGACCUCAAAGACUUGGCUGUUCCAGAGAAUGGUGCAGUGUGAUAGAAAGAUCAUGGACCUUAAUAAAAAAAAAUAAAAAAAUAACAUCAGACCUGAAUUAUCUCUAGUGAUAUAUUUUAUUUUAUAUAUUUUUUUAUUUCUAUUGCAUUUUAUAAAACAAAAACAUGGUUAAAAAGUCUUCUGAAUCACAUAAAAUUAUUAAUAAUAAUAAUAAUAAUAAUAAUAAUAAUAAUAAUAAUAAUAAUAAUAAUAAUAAAAACUGUUACUGUGCCUCAAUGGCUCCCUCUGGUACUAUACUGUUUGUCCAGUGCAGUGGGCGGGGCCAAGUUACUUUUUUUUAUUGAUUUAUAAACUUGUUCAUUGGCUGAUUCAUAUGGUAUAUUCUGAUUGGACAACAGCUCUCAAAUAGUAUUAUGUGCAACAAACAUUUAAAAAUGAAGAAAAUACAUGAUGCCUAUUUUUCCAUUGUAAUGGAUACAGGGUCUGAAAGGGUUAAAGAAUAAAUGUUGUCCACUCUUUACAACAACAUCAUGGGCAACAUGCUCAACAUGGUUCAUAUUAUAUGCAUAUAUUUUUUUUUUAUUCAAACCAGUAGUACAUUCAGUUACUAAGCAUUUGUACAGUUAAACAGCUCUGGAAAAAAAUGAUGAAUUUCUUUAAUUUUAUCAAAUUGAAAACCUCUGGAAUAUAAUCAAGAGGAAGAUGGAUGAUCACAAGCCAUCAAACCACCAAACUGAACUGCUUAAAUUUUUGCACCAGGAGUAAAGCAGCAUAAAGUUAUCCAAAAGCAGUGUGUAAGACUGGUGGAGGAGAACAUGAUACCACGAUGCAUGUAUUAAAACUGUGAUUAAAAACCAGGGUUAUUCCACCAAAUAUUGAUUUCUGAACUCUUAAAACUUUAUGAACUUGUUUUCUUUUGCAUUAUUUGAGGUCUGAAAGCUCUGGAUCUUUUUUUUUUUUUUGGUUAUUUCAGCCAUUUCUCAUUUUCUGCAAACAAAUGCUUUAAAUGAAUAUGCUUCCCUCUGCUGACAACUUUUAUGGAGAUGCGGAUUUCAUUUUCCAGCAGGACUUGGCACACUGCCAACAUUGCCAAAAAAAAAAAAAGAAAAACGAAAAGCUCUUUUUUCAGUGACCAAAAAGGGCAUUUUUUUAAAUGUAGAUGUAAAGUCAAAGCAAAGGGAACAGUAUCACUACAGUAUUCUACAGAAGACAAUGCUCUUGAUCAAUAUUCUAAAUACUGUUUUUUUUAAAGAUCUGUAGAUAAUUAGACAAUGUACCUAAUAAUAGAACAAAGCCACAAGAUUAUUACACCAGCAUAUAAAGAUGACACAGUCUGUAAAAACAACAAAAAAAAGCUACUGUACUAAUAAUAAACUUGAAUUUACUCUGAACGUUA